AUGGGAGUCAUCGCCAAGAUGGCCGGCAUCGUGCUGGCCAUCUCGCUACUGACCUUCAUCAUCUUUUUUGGACGGCUGCCGAUAUUUAGGCGAACUCCCAUCGCAUGGCUCUACACGUUUUUCGUGGUGAAUUUGCCUGGCGGGGCGUUGGCGGUCGACCGGGCCGUGACCGGCGGCCGGUUCACGUCGUCGCUGCAGCGGUUCGGCCACUUUAUGAUGAACGACAAGCACCCAACGGUGCUCAUCUUCUUUCUGGUGCUGCUGGCGGGCUCCGAAUGGAUGGCGAUCCCGUCGGCGUGGGCGUUUAUGGGCACCGUGCAGCGCAUGGCGGUCGUCGUGUCCAGCGCGCUGCCGUAUGUGUUUCUGUACCUUGCGGCGUACACGGACCCGGGCACCGUGUCGAUGGGCAGCCUCAAGCACCACCUGUCGCUGUACCCGUACGACUACGGGCUGUUCCACCCGGGCGCGCGCUGCUACACGUGCAACCUGCUCAAGCCGCCGCGCAGCAAGCACUGCCCCGUGUGCAAGCGCUGCAUCGGGCGGCUCGACCACCACUGCAUCUUCAUCAACAACUGCGUCGGCGUGGGCAACCACCACUGGUUUUUGCUGUUGCUGCUGUCGACGGCCUUUCUGGCCUCCUUCGGCGGCUGGACGGGGCUCUGCAUCCUGCGCGACCGCGUGGUCGAGCGGUUCCCGUCGUGGUCGAUGCUGCCGUGGCGGGCGUACGAGGUGAGCGGCGGGGCCCUGGCCAACACGCCGCUGGCGACGCGCCAGAUGUCCCUGGAAACGUGGCUGAUGCUUCUGUCGUGGGGCAUGAAGAACUACAUCCAGCUGGGCAGCGUCAGCCUGCUGGGCCUGCUGAUCAGUCCGCUGGUCUGGGGCCUCCUCGCAUACAACCUGUGGAACGUGUGGACGGGGCAGACGACCAACGAGAGUCUCAAGUGGUCGGACAUGAAGUGCGACAUGGAGGACGGGCUCGUGUACAAGCGGCGGCUGGACGUGGCGGCCACCGUGUCCGCGUCUGCCUCGUCCUCCCGCUGGCCGCUCGUGCCAGAACAUGUGUUUGUGCUCUGCGAGGACGGCAACCCGCCGCCGCCCAACGAGAAGGACCUGCCUGGGGUGGGCGACUGGGAGCGGGUGUGGACGCUGCGGGAUGCCGAGAAUCUAUACGACCUGGGGUUCUGGAGCAACCUCAAGGACAUUUUUAUUCCGAACUACCAGUUUAAUACAAAAGACCUGCCGGCGGCAGAACGACGGGGCCGGCCAAGGAGGCGGGUGCCGCGGAAGUAG